CCCCAAAACCUCUUCCUCUUCUCUGCCUCUUCUACUGCAUUUCUCUCCUUUUCGCUUCCUGAAAAAACCCUAACAACUUCGUUUCUCUUCCUCGUUCAACAAUAAUGGAGUUCUGGGGAGUUGAAGUGAAAUCGGGUGCGCCUCUUAAGGUUACUCCUGAAGAAGACAACCUCAUCCACAUUUCUCAGGCAACCCUUGACUGUAAGGGGAAGAUGACAGAACCUGUUCUCUUGACUGUGACUGUUGACAACACGAAGCUUGUCAUUGGAACCCUUUCACAAGACAAAUUCCCUCAGAUCAGCUUUGAUCUUGUCUUUGAGAAGGAGUUUGAGCUUUCCCACAACUGUACUAGAGGAAAUGUCCAUUUCAUUGGCUACAGAUCCCCCAACAUCGACCAGGGAGAGGAUUUCUCUGAUUCAGAAGAGGAGGAAGAGGAGGCUCCCGAAGCUGUUCCUGCUGUUGUACCUGCCAAUGGAAAUGCUAAAGCUGCUGUUGUGAAGGCUGACUCAAAGCCAAAGGCUAAGCCUGCAGAAGUUGCGCCUGAAUCAGAAGAUGAUGAGGAUGACUCUGACGAGGAAGAUGAGUCUGAUGACGAUGAUGACUCUGAGAAAGGAAUGGAUGUCGAUGAAGAUGACUCAGAUGAUGAGGAUGAUUCUGAGGAUGAAGAGGAGGAGGAAACUCCCAAGAAGGCUGAGCCAGUCAACAAGAAGAGGCCAAUUGAAUCUGCAUCCAAGACGCCUGUCUCUGGAAAGAAGGCAAAACCAGCAGCUACACCUCUGAAGACAGAAGAGAAGAAGAAGGGAGGGCACACGCCACACCCAGCUAAAAAAGGUGGUAAGUCUCCUAUGAAUGCUAACCAGAGCCCCAAGUCUGGAGGUCAAUCAUCCGGUGGUAACAACAAGAAGCCAUUCAACUCGGAAAAGCAAUUUGGUGGGUCUAACAACAAGGGUUCCAACAAGGGCAAGGGCAAGGGCAAGGGUAGAGCCUAAGGAGGUGGAUCAAGGAAAGGGUUUUGGUUUUGAGUAGAUGAUGAACUUCUAAGGGUGCUUUUUGAUUUUUAUCUUUUUUGUUCUAUUGAGAGAUUUAUCUCUUAGUAUCGGAAUAGCUAUUUUAAAUAUUGCAAUUUCUACUUUCCUAUGUAAUUCAGUUCAGUUUAUGAAUAUUGCUGGAAUGAGAAAGCAGACUCAAAAGUUGCAAGUUUAUAUU